AGGACGUAAAUAGAAGCAACAGGGAGGAGAGUCAGGACUCUAUAAAGUCUCAGUGAGCUGUGAUGUGGAGACAAACACCAACAUGAUUUCCUUCAGGAUGCUCCUCUGUGCUCUGGCUCUGAUGCUGCUGGCUGCUAAUGUGGACUCUUCAUCUACUGGAGGCGGCAACUUCAACUGGGAACUGUCAGGGGAGGCGCUGACGGCGCUCUACAACUCUCCGGUGUACAUGGCUGAGAGGAUGAAGAGGCCGCUGGACGGGCAUUCCUCUUGGUUGGGACCAAUCAGCCACUCAGGAGUCAGAGUGACGCUGGCUGAUGGAGCUCAGUGGCUCAUCCAUAAAGGACGAAACUUCGGCAUCUCCUCUCAGACGGUGGUGGUCAGCGCUCGACACAUGAGCUCACUCUGGGAGGUGGUUAGAACGGGGGAUUUCGAGGGGAGGAAGACAGUAUCUGACUUUGUGGCGGACGGCGGCUCUGAGUACAAUCUCCUCUUUGAUAACUGUCACUUGGCAUCUCGUCGAAUGAUGAGACAGUAAACAAAAAUUUAAGUCAGUUUACUCUCUCCUGAACAGAUGAUGGAGAUGAAAAAGUUCAUGUUUACUGACUGAGAUUUACUGAAACUUCACAUGAUCAACUUAAAAUCUUAAAACCUUCACCACAGACACACACAUAUUCACAUAUAUCACAUAUUAACUUGCUGAAUAAAAUACUUAUAGAAAUGAUGAAGAACACUUCCAUGAUAAACCCCAAGUUGUAAUAACGUGAAUUACUAUGAUUAAUAAAAUUAUCCUCAGAAGGU